AUGAUUCGAUCGGCAUCUGCGGUUCGAGGAGCACGAGCUUCAACCUCGAAGCUCGUCGCACGGGCUGAUGAUGGAUGGCCACCGGCUUGGCUCUUGCCAUCGAUUAAGCAGUUCUCGACAGCAUCCGUCUUGCGGUCUUCGAAAGGUGCGGAGAGGUAUGCGUUUCCGAGCAAGCCGAAUCCUACGCCGUACGAGAUCUUUCACUUCCCCAAGCGCGGGGUUACAUCGGCGGAGGUGAAAUCGCGAUACUACGAUCUCGUUCGUACACUUCAUCCUGACCGCUACACCCCGGAUCAAGGUAAAACAAAGUCGCAAGUAGAAGAAGAGUUUAAGCAAGUCGUUCAGGCGUACAACAUUCUGAAGGAUAGCAAGAAGAAGCACCUGUACGAUCGUGCCGGUCUAGGAUGGACCCAAACCUCACCCUCAAUUGCUACGUGGCAAGAUCGUAGAUACACCCGACGCUAUUCUCCAGGCUACCGUGGUGAAGGCCAUGACAGAUUCGGUUGGCAGAACCACGAUUUUUACUCCAACUUCACUCGACCCUCUGCAAGUGCAGCUGGCUGGAACGGCGGUAACGGCAGAAUCACAAACGGAUACUUUAUCAGCGCCAUCUUUGUCGUCACCUGGGUCCUGGCAGGUCUCCAGUACUCGAGGCUCAGCCUGCAGAGUCAAAAAGCCAUCGAAAGAGCCGAUAAACACCAUCUGGACGCCGCAAAGAGCCUCAACGAAGCAAGACAAAUCGCCCGCUCCGACGAGGGAAAACAGCGUUGGGUCGCAAUCCGUCAAAGAGCAAGAGAACAAAAGUUCCUCCAAGCCCAACAACACUCCCAGGACAUUGACAAUCCCUACGGAAUAGGCCACGGCGGUCCAAGCGGCAAACAAGCCGCUGAGGAACGCUUCCAAAACGCUCUUCCCCCUCCAGCAAUACCCUAA